AUGAGAUCUCCAAUGAGCACCAGCGACUUAAGUUGGACAUCAACUGGGGCGCUAGCAGAACCCAAGUCGGGAUGGGCAUCGCUUAAGGAUUUCACCAAUGUGGUCUACAACGGCCAGCAUCUCGUAUAUGGCUCUGUCGCCGAUAUGUCCGGGACGUAUGGCUGGAUGAACUUUGGCCUCUUCUCAGACUGGUCGGACAUGGCCUCGGCGAUGGGGAUCGACCGGUUUUCUUAUCGAACCUCAAGCGAUCCCACCGCUGCCAAUGGAUGGUCACCGGAGUAUGCGCUUUUCUCGGGAACUAUUUCCGACUCUGAUACGGGCGUGAUGGAUCAGACCGUCAUCGGCGAUGAUACACACAUGUACCUGUUCUUCGCUGGGGACAAUGGCAAGAUCUAUCGAGCCAGCAUGUCCAUAGAUGAUUUCCCAGGCGACUUCGGCGCCGAAUCCGAAAUCAUCCUGAGUGACACUUCCGCCCGCCUAUUUGAAGCAGUCCAGGUGUACACAGUUCAGAAUCAAAGCAAGUAUCUCAUGAUCGUCGAGGCAAUUGGCUCGAACGGGCGGUAUUUCCGCUCAUUCACGGCCGACAGUCUGGAUGGUGCGUGGACCGCACAGGCAGCAACCGAGAGCCAGCCCUUCGCUGGAAAGGCCAACAGUGGCGCCACCUGGACGCAUGAUAUUAGUCAUGGCGAUCUGGUUCGCAGCAACCCUGAUCAAACCAUGACGAUCGAUCCGUGCAAUCUGCAGUUCUUGUAUCAUGGACGAGACCCGAGCAUCAGCGCCGACUACAAUCUCCUACCUUACAGGCCGGGUGUGCUGACACUGAACCAGUAA